AUGUAUCCUACUGUUCCAUAUUAUGUUCCGCGAAGUCGUCCGAUAGGACGGUAUCAACAUAGAACACCAGUAGAUAUUGGAUGGAGAUUAAGAUGGCCGUUUUUGUUCUCCACAAUUCUUGGUGUGGCCAUGAUACUGUGUAUUUUAGUCAUCGGUGCUUUAGAAGUCGCAUCAUUAGCACAGAGUACAAACAAAGAUGUGUUUGGCAACACAUCAGCAACAGGUGCAGGUAUUUGGUGUGGUGUAUUCUUGUCGAUUGCAGCUGUUCUCAUUCUUUUGAUAAAUUAUAUGCCAAAUGUUCGACUAUGGGCUAAAAUUGCUUUCAUCGCAACGAUUGUCGCUGUUUGUUUUACGAUUAUCCUAAUUGGUCUAGAUGCUAAAGCUGUUCAAGAUGGACGGGGUGCGCUGCCGAGUUCAUUUGAAAAACCGAAGAUCCUCAGUGCGCAAUUAGCAUUUGCGUGUAUCGAAUUCGUUCUUUGUCUGAUUUUCAUAACUAUAUAUCUGAUUGUACAAGCUGCAGUUGGUCGCCAUGUACGGCGAAUGCCGCGAGGGCGUGUGUACUAA